UCUCUUGGUCCCCGUCCCCGUCCUUCAAACCCCCUCACCAAGAAAGCGGAGGUGAACCGACCAACGAAACCGUCAUCAAAUUGGUCGCCAACAAGUUUGUGCUUCCUGAUCUACCUCUAAUCUUCUGCUCCGCAUUGCGCCUGUGACCGGCGGCAGAUCCAUGGCGGCGCUGGCGUCGAGGAUGGCGCAGCUGCAGUCCAGGGCGGCGUUGGCGACGAGGCUCGCGGCCAAGCACGGGGGCGCGCUGCAGUCCGAGGCGGCAAGCUUCGCGGCCAAGCACAGGGCCACGCUGCAGUCCAAGGCGUCCGAGGCGGCGAGCAUCGCGGCCAAGCACGGGGCCACGCUGCAGUCCAAGGCGUCCGAGGCGGCGAGCUUCGCGGCCAAGCAAGGGAGCGCGCUGCAGUCCAAGGCGUCCGAGGCGGCGAGCUUCGCGGCCAAGCAAGGGAGCGCGAUGCAGUCCAAGGCGGCCGAGGCGGCGAGCUCCGCGGCCAGGCAAGGGCGCGAGUACCACAAGACGCUCAUGGAGAGGAACAAGCAGUACGUCAUCGAUCCGCCCACCGUCGAAAAGUGCCAGGAGCUCUCCAAGCAGCUUUUCUACACCCGCCUCGCCAGCAUUCCUGGCCGUUACGAGGCAUUCUGGAAAGAGGUUGAUGGUGUAAAGCUGUUGCUGAAAAACAGAAAGGACCUGAAUGUUGAGCACGCCGGGGUUGCCGCAUUGUUUGGCAUUGAGUUGUAUGCGUGGCUUUGUGCCGGUGAGUUUAUUGGUAGAGGAUAUACCCUCACAGGUUACCAUGUCUGAUCGCCGGCGUCUAGCAUGAGCGCACACUAUUAGUCUACAUACAUUUGCCGUCUAGCUAUGAGCGUACAUUGUUAGUCCACAUUUGCCAUCGGAUACUGUGUUCGUCGAAAGUUUGUGCUUUUCUAGUUUGUUCUUGUCUCUGCUGACUUGGGAGUAAAAUGUGUUGUCCAUUA